UCUGUUCUUUUUUGUUGGGGAGACCUGCUAUCUAGCAGACUGGUCUUCCCAGCUGGCCGGUUCGCUUUUGGAGGCAUUACCAGCCAGCAGUCAGGCAGCUAGCUCUGUGUUGCCACAGGCCAAGUUUGCUUGGCCUCCCCCAACACACAGUGGACCCUUAGUAGGCAUCUGACUUGAUCAAUUCUGGUGUUGCUGUGGGUUCGACACUAGUGCGUCAGGUUUUAACUUUGGAUCGGUGAUAGUCUGUGUGAUGUUUGGACCAGUGCGUCGCGCAACCUACCUGGUUUACGCUCUUGUAUUUAGAGCUACUCAUCGGGGGACCUUUUGAAAUUCUUGGGCACCUUUUCUACACUAGUGUUUUAUUGUGCACACUUUACCUGCCUGGUUGGAUUUGUUAUUUUGCUCCCCUUCUCUACUACUCCAAGAUACUAUGGAAGCGGAAAUAUUGGACUCAUUCUUGGAGCAAGCUUACAAAAUUGCCGACGAAACAAAAGGAUUUUGCACUAAAAAAUCCUACAAACGUAUGAGCACUGCUCAAAACGUCAAAUACAUUAGUGGCCAAAUUGAAAAGAUUAUUGACCUGGCCGCUGCCACUAUUAAAAAGAAUUGUUUAUCCCCAAGUAAGUGCAUGGACUCUGGAGGUGGACAGGAAACUCUCUCACCCCCAACCUCUAACACAUCGAGAGGGGACUCGACACCAUACCAAAAACUCAACGAUAUCCUCAUUGCAGAAGCUACACCGCCUAUGCCUGUCCUGCAUCCCCCAAAAUCAAGCCCCAUUAGGAGUGGAAGACUUGAGGGAAUUCAUGAUAAAUUGGAGGAUAACUACCAAAAACUGUGCCACAUGCUUCAGGAUGUGAACACAAAACUUGAUAAAAUCACCGAGAGCAAUAAAAAAAUAGAGAACGGCGUAGAGUAUAUGGUGGACAAGCUAGAUCUUGAUGCACCCAUUACUCAGGUGGAUGGCUUGUCAGGGAAACUCGACAGGCUUGUUGAGGAGGGCCCACUAAAAGAAAUCCUUGAAAACCAGAUUUCUGUUAAAGAAAAAGUGGAGCAGCUCUGUACACAAAACGCCAUGGAGAUUCCACCACAGAAAACUUAUUCUGCUGUACUACAAUCUGGAAAAACCAUCAACCCUCUAACCAGACCUCAGGUUUUGAAUGCUAACCCAGAGGUCUUAUUACUUUAUGAAAACGGGGAGGUAAGUAAUUGUAACAAACUGAGGAAAAUUAUACAUGACAAGAUAAAACCAUCUCAGCUCAGAAUCGGAGUCGAUAGAAUGAGAAAUAUUACGGGAGGAGGAGUAGCUAUAGAACUAAAGAAACUUGAUGAUGCCAACAAACUCCAGCAAUACAUAGAGGAACAAAUCCCAGAAAUAUCUGUUAAAAAGCCAAAAAAACGCCUGCCGCAUAUCUCAAUCUACUCUGUCCCUACUCAUGUUAGCAGAGAAAAACUACCUUUUAUCAUAUACAGGCAGAACGACACUCUUAGCACAAACUACUCUGAGGAAGAAUUCUGUGAUGCUUUUAGAAUUAAAUUUAGCAUGGGAGGAAAAGGAAAGGACUAUAUUAACUGGGUGAUUCAGGUAAAGCCUACCCUGAGGAAGCAGCUUCUCAUGCUGGGGAAGGCUUCUAUUGAAUGGUCAAAGUGCAGGGUUUCAGACUUCUGUCCGGUCCUGCAAUGUUUCCACUGCUGCAGGUACGGCCAUUCGACGAAAUCCUGCAGUCAGCCUACUCCUACUUGCAGUCACUGCUCAGAAGAGCAUACUUUUAAACAAUGUAAUAACAAGGAAAAGCCGGCAGUCUGCUGUAACUACAGGCAAGAAAAGGCGGAAAACACAACACACAACGCACAGGAUGGCUCCUGCCAGGUUUACAAGAGGAUCAAAUCUAACAUAAUUAAAAGAACAGAAUAUGGACCAACGCCAUAAUAACCAUUUACGUAUUCUGCAAUACAACACAGGGAGGAGUAUAGCAGCUACCUCUAUCAUGACAGCUAAAAUUAAUAACUUUGACCUUAUUCUAUGUCAGGAGCCCUACUGUAUUAGAAACAAGCCAGCUUGCUUACCGAGCACCUGUAUCACAUUGAGUGGUACCUCAGAUUAUCCCUGGGCACUCUCCAUCACCCCUAACGAUGAGCUACCCAUGCUACACCAUAAAAAUGUCAGCACCCAGUUCUUGUCCUGUACCGAGAUGAAUUUCUACGGAAGCAGAUAUAUUUUCAUAAAUUUUUACUCCCCGAAGGACAGUGACAUUGAGGAAACACUGUCAAGCAUCCAGCAUAGUAUGGAUGUCUUCCCUAACGCUUUCUACAUCUUG